AUCAUGAGGAUCCAGGUUGUCUGUGUGUUGCUGGUGUCUCUUUGUGCCACCGUGCUCUCCCAGCCCGCAGACGUCUAUCCCCGUUACCAGAAGUUCAUCGACCAACAUAUCAACAGGCAGAUGAGAAUCGACAGGUGUGACGCGGUGAUAAACGGCAAGAGAAUCAGCAAGACCAAUAGCAACGAGUGCAAGGAGACCAACACCUUCAUCCGGGCCAACCUCAAUACUGUCAGGUCAGUCUGUGAAAGGGGUGGAGUGCCAGCUGGAAACGGCUUGACCAGAAGCCUAAACCCAUUUGACAUUGUCGUCUGCACACUGAAAAACCAUGGAGGGACGGUUCCCCACUGCCGGUACAGGGGUCAGUCCCGCACCAGGUAUAUUAAUUUCGCCUGCGACCGAGGUUAUCCUGUUCACUUUGAUGGAGAUAUUGUACACUUGGAGAACUGA